AUGGGGCCUUCUCAGCUUGUCCGUGCCCCUCGGCCCCGGGGCUUAAUUUCCCCCUACCGCAGGCCAGGCGUGGGUUGGCCUCGGCCUCGCUUUCCCAAGAUGUUCAAGUGUAGCCGCAGAAGGUACCGGCAGAAACGGCAAGGCCCAGCUGGCACCACUGUAACCACCAAUCUUGCCAAUGUGGCCAUGGAUAUCAACGGCACCCAAACUGCCACCACCAGGGUGUUGAUCCUUCCACCGCAAGUUCUCAGAUACCUCUGUCAACCUGGCAGCUUUCUGAUCCUCUAG